ACCAUGCCCUUACCUACUUGCUGCUCACGCAACUGACGCUCCAGGUCACAUCCAGACUCCAUGGCCAUACAGCCCAGACACCUCUGUCUCCACUCUGCCUGUCACACUCACCUGCAUGCCCCACCCAUGUCUGCUGCACCAGAGAGAGCUACACAACAGGCCAUAGCCAGCAACACAUGGCAAGCAGCAUCACCCUCCACUGGCACCAUGUCACCCUGGUGCCAUGCUCCGGCCAGCAGGGAGUGCAUCCUCAACACUCCCUCCCCACUCCAUGGCCCCAUACCCUGGGGAACACCCCCCCACCCCUCCACCAUGUCCCUGCACCGCACACAUGUUCCUGCACUCAGGCCUGUCUGGAACUUAUACCCUCUAACCUGGAACAUCCCUAAAAUGUAUGUUGGCUGAUCAUAACUACUCAGUUACGAACUAGAGCAUUCUGCAUAUUGCCAGCAAUGUCCUCUUCUUCAUUUUUAUAUUUACAGGUCCCAGGGCUGAGCUCUGGCAUAGAAAACAUGUUCCAGGGCUGAUAUUGUAAAUCCUGACUGUUCCCACAGAUUGUGAGCCUUUGUUUAUUAUUGUGCCCUCAUAACACAUGUGAGUCCAUAUGGGUUGUCUUCAAAAACCCUCAUGGGAUAAACCCAAUUGUUAGUUAAAGAAUAAGGGAGGAUAAAGUAAAUUAACACUCAGUUUAUCCAGCAGGGCUAUCUGAAGGGGACUUGCAUGGGGAGCAGUGUUCCCUCUAUCAGGGAUUCCCAGAUGUUGUUGACUGCAACUCCCAACAUCCCCAGCUGCAGUGGCCUUUGGCUCACAAUUAUGAGAGUUGUAGUCAAUGACAUCUGGGAAUCCUUGUUAGAGAGAAUACUGGUGGGGAGUCCUUGCACUGCAGUACAGCAGCAGAGAUCCUUCUAGCUCCAGCAGGUCUGGAACAAGAUUGAUUCAUCACGGGGUCCCCAAACAACUUCUGCCCUGAGCCCUACACAAGCUAAAGACAACUUUGAUCCCAGGGCCAAAAAAGGUUCUUCAGGAAAGCUUACAUCAGUUUGUUUAAAGUAAUUGUAUCCCAUAAUUCUUCCAUACUAAAGUGGCUUGCAAAAUAUCAUUAGGACACAUUUCAAGAACAAUAGACUAAACCCAUCUAAUUUUAAUGGCAUAGAGCAGACCACCGAGAAGAUUAUGUCCUUUUAGGGGCAGAUUGUUCAGAACUCUCCUUGAAGUAGGAAUAGGGAACACAAGCAAUCCUGCCUGUGUUUGCGACUUUCACGAGGGGUUCAACAAGAGACAAAGAAUGUUAGGAAAAUCACCUGAAUAUCUUGCAAGCAACUGCAAGUUCUGAGUUUUACUGAGAUGAAAUAAUUCUUAAACUCCUCCCUCAUAUUGACUCCUUUUGUGUCCCCUUUGAUAGUCCUUUCUGUAGCUUCCCUAACACAGAUUAAAACUUUCCUGUGGAAAUAACAGUAGUGAGUCCAAAAGUGGCAGCCCUCUAGGCAGCAGACAGUGCUGUGAACUCAAAGCUCUGGUAACCUUAGUAAGUGUGACAUUUACUGGGCAGAAUGUGAGAUCCUGUUCUGGGAACAACACAGAAAGGCACAGAUUUGUUUUGCCCAUACAUUUGGGGGGAAAGGCAAAGGCAAAGAAGAUAGACACUUGGCUAUGAAUCUGCAGGCUUUGAAAUUCUACAGCUGGGCAGUACCCCCUCUUCUAAUCUCUGUCUGGUUGGAAAACACGUAUAUAUGAGUGAAAAAAUUGUGUGAUGUGGCUAUUAUGAGCAGAAGGCACUACCAGUGCACAUCUGAUGAUCUCUGCAAAUUCACACCGCUCUUGGCUGCAUGUUAAUAUUUGUACUUGUUAGCAACUCUGCUGAUCUGCCAUCUACACAUUCCAUCUAUGUGGAGGAAAAAACAGCAAUUUGUUUAUGCUGGUGUUGGAAAUGCAGCAAAGGAGAAUGUGGCCGUCUCAAGCAAUUUGACCACCACUGCUACUACCCCCACUAUAAGACUUCACACAGGGAGAACAACUCUUGUCCCAUUGCAUCUAUUUGUGUCCCAGACUCCAAGCAUAAAGUACACUAAAGAAGGUGAAACUGUGGCCUUUGGAUGCCAUUUCCACAUUUCCCAUGGCCUACCUUUGAAUAAGUUAACUGUGAAGUGGUACACAGUGAAUGAAAAAGGGCAGAGGGACUUCAUGGAGAACAAUGUCACUGUCCUGGCAAAUUUCACCAGAGCUUUCAUAGUAGGGAACAUUUCUGAAGGCGACGCAUCUCUGACAAUCCUAAAUGUGACAGCCAAUGAUCAUGGCAUUUAUUUUUGCCAGGUGAUUAUUUCUAGUGGAAAAACGGUGACGGGUGAUGGCACGAAGCUCAGGAUCAUGAGAGGACUAGGAUUCUUUGGUAUAGAAGAUUCCAUUGGAACAUGCAUCGGAGGAGUGGCAGCUGUUAUCUACGUGAUAGUUCUAAUUAAAGUUUUAACUCCUCAGCUGAAGAAGAGUCUUCCAUGUACUAAAGCAGCAACCCAAAAAGCACAGAAUAACUUGGAUACCAUGGACAAAGAAAACACCAAAGCCAUAAGAAGCCAGUGUGCAGACAACCUGCCUGACUAUUCUUAAGGAAAACUCCCUGUUUUCUGGCAGUAACAACUCUCUGAAGACCAAUUGUAAUUGUAACCUCUUUCUACUUCUGUCCUAUCAUUUACUAAUUAUGUUCCCCAAUAUGGUCACUGUACAGGGACUGAACUUCCAAGUAUAAAGAAGCUUUGCAAGAUGCAUCCGGCACAUCCUUUGUUCUAAUAGCACUGUGUAUCUAAGGAGAGCUGGUCUUGUGGUAGCAAGCAUAACUUGUUCCCUUAGCUAAGCAGGGUCUGCCCUGGUUGCCUAUGAAUGGGAGACUAGAAGUAUAAGCACUGUAAGAUAUUCCCCUCAGGGGAUGGAGGCACUCUGGGAAGAGAAGAACGUUCCAAGUUCCCUCCCUGGCUUCUCCGAGAUAGGACAAGAUUAUUAUUUUUUAAUAGGACAAGAUUUUUUUAUUGAACAGCUGAGAGAGAUUCCUGCCUGCAAUCUUGGAGAAGCCACUGCCAGUCUGUGAAGACAAUACUGAGCUAGAUAGACCAAUGGUCUGACUCAGUAUAUGGCAGCUUCCUAUGUUCCUAUGUUUAUCAUAAACCGCCCAGAGACAUAAGUUUUGGGCGGUAUAAAAAUAUGUUAAUAAAUAAAAAUAGAAAAAAUAAAAAAUAUUGUAUUAUGAAUUUUGAAACUACAGCCUAACAUGUUAACUUCAAAUAUAUCCAUGGAAGGAUAUAUACACAUCCUUCCUUUCUUUCAGAAAAAAACGUGGGAGGAGAGCUGGUCUUCUGGUAGCAAGCAUGACUUGUUUGCUUAGCUAAGAAGGGUCUGCCCUGGUUGCAUAUGAAUGGGAGACUACAUGUGUGAGCACUGUAAAAUAUUCCCCUUAAGAGAUGGAGCCACUCUGAGCAACUAGGUUCCAAGUUUCCUCCCUGGCUUCUCCAAGAUAGGGCUGAGAGAGGCUCCUGCCUGCAACCUUGGAGAAGCUGCUGCCAGUCUGUGAAGACAAUACUGAGCUAGAUAGACCAAUGGUCUGACUCAGUAUAUGGCAGCUUCCUAUGUUCCUAUCUGCUUGGUCUGUGUGCUUUCUUUUAAAAUGAAGAAACGAAGGAUUGUUAUUGUGGAAGGGAAUAAACAUGGUGGAGAGUAAAUAAGUAACAAGAAGUUUGCUUAUGUGGGAAAGUGUUUCGAGAAAAACUCAUGUCUCUGAAAAGAAAUAUCUUCAUAAGUACAAUAGUAGGAGUUUGCUAUAGUUUAUCUAUUCAAAAUACUACUAUGGACAAAGAUACUUUCCUAGAGCAAGAUCCUACAUAAAGGACAUAUCCAGACAUUCCCACAGUCUGAGAUAGAGCAGCAAAUGUUUGGGGACAAAAAAAAUAUCUCACAUAUUCUGCAAGAUGGCAGGCAGGAGUGCUGAUCUGGCAGUGCCUUUCAGAUAUGAACAGAGGCAUGGACUGAAGAAUCUACAGUUAGGGACUACAAUAAUUUAAAUCCUUUGAAGGUUCCACUUCACCAUAUAGCAACUUAACUUUCAGAUAGAAUGUUUAGGUCUUUGGUCCUUAGAGAAAUGAUUUUAAACCAGAAAGAGUAUCCCUCCCACAGUUCAAGUGAGUAUGGGGACUGUUUUGAUACUUUAAGCAGCAGCGGAAACACUGAGGGUCAAUUCACAACACAGUUCUUGUACAAAUUGAAGGUCAGUUCACAUAGUUCUGCUUUUUGAGCAGACAUUGAGAACUGUGUGUUACGAGAGUGGAUUACAAUUUUGGCAUGUCUUGCUUUUCUAAAGCAGACGGAAUCAUGGUCUGGGCACAUAACACACACGUUUUGCCACAACUGCCGUGUCAUAUAAAGGUAAAGUGUGCCGUCAAGUCGAUUUUGACUCCAUACAGGCCUAAAAAAGUGGCCAACCAUGCAUAGUGGCUCUGUGAAUUGAUCAUGAGCACUGCUUUCUAAAAAGAUCAAAAUGUGACAUUUCAAAAUCAUUUCAGUAAUGCACAUUUUCAGUGAUAUGAUAUCAGAAGAAACCUAUGGCCUUAUUCAACCAUGAAGUCCUGGGGUCAUUAUUAAUUUGCAAUUUCAGGCACUAAGAAGAUACACAAACAAUCCAAAAGCUAUCUUCAUCAGACUAGUGAAAAUCUUAAAAUAAUAAGAAACACAUAAAAGCUCCAUAUUUCUCCCUUAAUACCUAUUAAUUUUAAAACUGCAUGUGGGAUAGGUUUGGCCACACAGAAAAUUUGGCCAGAAGAUAUAGCGUUGGUUAAAAGUGGCAGAUCUCCAACAUUUGGUUGCUUCUCGGUCACACUGGCACAUUAUUUUUUGACAUCUGUCUAAUGUUGAAUCUGAAAAAGAUAAAGACAGGAUGAAUGCUUAAAGCUGAGUAGAGCAUCAGAAGGGAAGAGCUAACAACCAAUUGAUAAUGCUGGUUUAUUUCUGGAAUUUGUUGUUCAAUAUAGCCAGUUUGGGGACCAUGAUUUAACCAGAAAGCAAGGUAAAAACUAAGUAAUAAUAAGUCAUAACAUUCAGCAUUAAUUUUUUUAAAGAAGUCUUCAUGUCUUUUCUUAAUUUCAGACAGUGUGAUUAAAACAUUAAUAUUUGCCUUUUAAUCUGUUCCUUAAUGUAUAUUAGGGGUAUAUGUGUGUGUUUCCCCCCCUCCCCCAUUUUUGUCUUAAGGAAUGUUUUACUUUGUUUUUAUUCUGUUGUAAACCGCCCAGAGACGUAAGUUUUGGGCGGUAUAAAAAUGUUUUAAUAAAAAUAAAUAAAUAAAUAAAUAAAUAAAUAAAAUGUAA